GUGUAUCAAAGUCGGUUUGCUUCUGACUUCUUACUCACUGAUUAUUUUCUAAAUAAGCUUGGUAAAUGGCAGAAGCAGGAUCUCGGGGAAAUUGGCACUUGUAUCUAUGUGCUGCUUCAGGCAUUAUAAAGCCGCCGAUAAAUGUGAUUUGACAUGUUUGCAAAAUCCUUCACAACCACAAUGAACACUUUGCUUAUGUAUGGGAAGGAAACUGGGAUAAACGUGAGUUAACCUGAUGUCAAUGGUAGGAGGCAUGGGCUAUGGAUGGCCUUCACCAUUCAUUCCGAAACUCAACGGCGCUAUUGAUCCUGACAUGAAUCCCCUCCCUCAACCCACGACGAUCAUGGAAGAUGCUUGGAUCACCUCCUUACACACCUUAGGGUCCAUCUUCGGACCACUUUUUAGUGGGGUAUUAGCAGACAAGUUUGGACGAAAAAUAGUACUUAUAAUAUUUUCGUUGCCUAUGGUAGCUGCGAACAUUGUAUUUAUUUUUGCAAACUCAGUGACUCUCUUUUACAUAGCAAGGUUUCUCCUAGGAAUAGGAAAUGGUGUCUCAAUUUCGCUGAUACCUGCGUAUGUGUCUGAAAUUUCGGAGACUCAAAAUAGAGGCACAACUAGUUUGUUUAUGCCUCUCAUGAUUUGUGCAAUCCAGAAUUUGUUAUAUUUCGUCGGUCCUUAUGUUACAGUAAGAAUGAUGGCAAUGAUAUCACUCAUCCCUUCGUGUUUGUUUUUAGUACACUUUGGAUUUUGUGUCCCUGAAAGCCCUUACUACUAUGUUUUAAAAGAUAAAACUGAAGAAGCAGAAGAAUGUCUGAAGAACUUGAGAAAAACUACUGACGUUAAAAAAGAACUGGUUGACAUCAUCCGUAACGUAGAGGAAACCAGAACAAAGUUAUCUUGCAAAGAGAUAUUUUUUUCUAGAGUGUUGAGGAAAUGUUUUGUAAUAACUAUAGGCUUGAUGUUUUUCCAACAGUUUAGUGGUAUCUUAGCGAUCGUUUCUUAUUCUCAAACUAUAUUUGAUAGUGCAGGGUCCUCUUUACCGGGGUAUGUUUGUGUCAUGAUUAUAGGGGUAGUUCAGACACUUACAGUUGUUAUAACGAUAUGCAUCGUUGACAAAAUAAAUAGAAAAACUUUAAUGAUAUUUUCAUAUGCGGGUAUGUUAGUUUCUCUAACAACUCUGGGAAUAUACUUCUAUCUUUUGAAUUUGGGCUAUAAUGCAACAUCUUUCAGUUGGUGUCCUAUCGCUAGUAUCAUGGUAUAUAUUUGUUGUUUCAACAUAGCUCCUGGAGGCCUUUCGUGGACAAUUUUAGGCGAAAUUUUCCCGCCAAAUGUAAAAUCCACGUUAAGCUCCUUUGCCGCUGUUUUUGUUGUAACAUUAGCCUUCUCAGUAUCGUUUAUAUUUCCUCACCUGUCAAAACUCCUGGGUAUGGCAUGGUCCAUGUGGACUUUCGCGAUAUUUCUUUCAUUUGGUUUGGGUUUUUUAGUUUUCGUUCUGCCAGAAACGCGGAAAAAAACAUUCAGUGAAAUACAAAGCGUGCUUCGAGGAGAUAAUAAUGUUGAGUUAAAAACGUGACAUGAUGUUAUAGCUGAAGUUUUAGUAGAUACUGCAUUAAGGGCUUUCCUUUUCCUCAAAUAAAACGUGAAAGACAUAGAGGUUGAUGAAAAUAAAAUUAUGUUAUACCUAAUUUUCAAUAUAAUACACAUUGCCACUUACCUUAGUGUGAAAGACAUUAAUUACCGUAUUAAUAAAGACA